AUGAAUUGGAAGAAAAAUAGUUCAUUUAAAAAAGAAAAUGAAAAAACUGUUUUUCCAGAUCUAAAUAAUGACUUAUAUGAACCGAUAAAAAAAAUUAUUCAUUCAAAAGAAAAACUCUGUAAAUCAGACACCUGGAUUGCAGGAAUAGAUGAAGCAGGACGAGGACCAGUACACUUCAAGAGCAUAUUAAAUAUCACUAAUAAAAGACUAAAAAUAGGGCCAAUGGUGUAUAGUGUUGCUUAUUGUCCUCAGAAUUAUGCAAAUAUAUUAAAAGAAUACGGAUUCUCGGAUUCAAAAACUUUAACACCAGAGCAACGAAAACAAUUAAUGCAAAUGCUUUGUACACAUAAUGAACUGAAAAAAAAUGUAGGAUGGUCUAUAUGUAUAGUUUCUGCCCGUGAAAUAUCUCAAGGAAUGCUACGUCCUGAUGGAUCAUAUAAUCUGAAUGCACAAGCACACGACACAACAAUUCAACUUUUAUUUGAAGUUUUCAAGCGUAAUCCUGGUAUUAAAGAAGUCUAUGUUGAUACAGUAGGCCCAUCAUCUUCUUAUCAAAUUAAACUUCAACAGCUAUUUCCACAAACUAAUGUAAUAGUUACGGAAAAAGCUGAUUCAAUCUAUCCAAUCGUGAGUACAGCAAGCAUUUGUGCAAAAGUUUCGAGGGAUAAUGCACUUUCUAAAGCAGCUAUUCAUGGAGAAUCCUGGGGAAGCGGAUAUCCAUCAGAUCCAAUAACAUGCAAAUGGCUGAAAUACUCAAUGGAUCCGAUUUUUGGGUGGCCAUAUGAAAUCGUGCGCUACUCCUGGCAAACAGCUAAAGAUCUUUUGGAAAAAGAUGCACAGAAAAAGGAUAAUUCAAAAGUUCAUGUUGAAUGGUAUAAAAAAAACGAAAAGAGUAGCAUGCGAGAUAUUCAAAGCUAUUCUAAAACCUCUAAAACCACACAAGAAGGCAUCAAUUUAUCUUGGUAUGGCCAAAAUAUCGAACAUGAUUUUUAG